AUGUAUGCUGCUGAACCGUAUCGGCCGACCACCGCUGACUCCAAUUUGCAUAAUGGUAUCUCGCGCUCCAACAGCGAUGCAUCCGAUAGCGACGUCUCUAUACAGGCAAAUCAGCGCGUGCGGUAUGCUCGGCGUCCGAUCUCGGAAAAGGCUCGGGGCAUGGUGCACUCACUCCGAUCUUCACUGGGGGCCCAGAUGGCCCAAGUAAGAGAUCGAUUGUGUUGGCAGCGACUACUCCGAGCAGAAUCCAACAGUCCCGGGCUCAGCGAUCAUUUUCUGGCACUGUUAAAGAAUAUCGGCAUCACAUCCUUCUACAAUACCUGCUGCAAGCUAUGCGGCAUUGAGGUAACAGAAAGGCCGAAAGUCUUUAUGGACAGGAGCAAGACACUUGCUUCCAUCCGCUGUGUCCUGCAUGUGGUUCCUGUCAGUGCUGCAUUUGCACUCAUCAUGCUUAAUUCAACUGGUUACUAUAUCGGGGGCGAAUUAUCUGGCACUUCGGGACAAGAUGCAGAGAAGCUCGCUGCGCUGACAUUCGCAGCUAAGCUCCAUGAACUUCUUAUGCUAGCUUCGCUUGGCUCCAUACUAAUUACUUAUAUCCGUAGAGAACUUGCCUUUGGGGAAGGCCUUCCGUUUGGCGCCAUAUUCACCUCCUUGCAGUUUCAAGACAUCAGUUUCCUUUGGUCCCUCAGCAUGUGGGGUUCAGUCAAUCAUGACUGGAAGCGAAGAACCACCAAAUGGUUUAUGCUUUGCCUUAUGGUUAUUUGCACCCUGCUGGGACUAACAGUUGGACCGUCUACAAGUAAUUUAAUGAAACCACGUCUGGAUGACUGGCCAGCAGGUGGUACACCAUUCUGGAUCAAUGCCACCGACAGUGAAGUCUUUCCUCGUGAAAUGAAGAACUCAUCAUCACUAGCGCAUUGUGCUUUUGACAACAGCGACCUCGCCUGCCCGGCCGGGAAUUGGCAAAUCCUCAACCAGGACUAUUACUCGUUCUUUCCGAAGCUCGUCAAUGCGGGCAGUGUCCCCCAAAAUCUUACCAUCUCCGGUCAAGCUUCCAUCCGCAGCUUUGGAAUGAGGUCUCGCAACCUGUUCGGUACUCAUGAGAUGAUGUGGGGGAAUGCUUACACCAUUGCAACUACCCCACUCUCUGUCGUCGCGGAUAGCGUUGCAGAAUUAGGCAGGCUAUGGUCGUACGCUGCCGCCAACAUCGACGUCGGCCGGUUCAAGUUCAGAAACGAUGCACUCUUCAUGACCAACGCCUUGCAGCCGAUGGUACUCACGUUCUGUGGUCAGACGUUCUACGACUACUCCGGUAAUAUCACUCUGGCCUUUCCCGCAUUGGGUACUGCGUCUCUCUCCUCAGGCCCGGGCACGGCCGACACGAGUCAGGCCUCGAUCGAUUUAUACAAUGGGUUUUCCAACAAGACGAUUGAAACCAAGGUGGAAUCACUCCUCCGACAAGGUGCUACCCCUUCCGUGCUCUGGAUCGAUGACUUUCGUCUGCUGCAACCCAUAGACGCCACUCUCGCUGCGAUAUUUGUCCUUCCUGCCACAGUCAGCACCAAUCCACAGUACUUCACUUGCAGCGUCGACAGCAGGCUCACCAACGUUACUUUAGUGUCCACGCGGAACCACAUCAAAAUCGUCACUGGCCAGCCUGCAGAAAUGGACAAGAAUGGGACAUUUCAUUCUGAUUGGCCGCGAGUUGCACUCACGGCGGACUGGGCGACGUACCUGACGCCAGACAUUCCCGGUACAAAUGAAACGAUUCUAUCACCUAUCACCUCGAUGGCUGGCAUCUUCAACAGUUCAACUCCAUCGGCCUCCUACUAUUACGAUAUUAUAGUGGAGAAUAUCCUAGCCACCCUUAUCACCAACGGCAUCGGUCGGUCAGCGUACAAUCAUAGUAUCAUCAUGGACUUGAAAGGUGCUAAUAACCCUAAUGAUCUUUGGGAUGGUGGCGACUGGAUUUACGAUAUAAUUCCUCAAGGCGGAAACAUGGGCACGGGGCGCAACGCAUUCAACGUGUCUGCCGCUGUGCGCAACCGAUCUACUCAAUUGGUUAUGGCAGCUUAUGUGAACGGUUACGCAUACAGCGCGGACGGGAUCACAUCCGUACUCGAAAUGGUCGUACUUGCCAUCUAUAUUGCCGUGGCCAUUGCCCACGUCUGCUAUUCGAUUUACAGCGGGCUCUCCUCGAGCAGUUGGGGCUCAGCACCAGAGAUCGCAGCGCUUGCAUGGAACUCUGCUCCAACUGAAAAGAUGGCUCAUACGGGAGCUGGUAUCUCAACUAUUGAUGUUUACAAGCAUAAUAUACGAGUGAUGCAACGCGACAACAAGUUGGAGAUUGUAACUCGGGAUCACGAUGGGAGAUUCGAGAAGGGGAGACCGCUAUCCCAGCAAGAUGCAGGUUCAGAGAGUGUGACUACAAAUUUGGAUUCGGGUCAAAGCAAUGACGAAAUGGGGCCGAUCGAGGAGAACCAAGCUUAUUCUUAG